UCGAACCUAAGUUUUUUGAAAGACCUAAAAAUUCUCGCGUCCAUGUCUUCACCGGCAGAGUUCUAUCACUCGCUGCCGCCGAUUAUCAAGUUCUAUGGCACAACUUGCUUGCUCCUCACUACCGUGGAGCGAUUGGGCCUUGUCAGUGGGAUGCUUCUCUACUUCUCGCCAGAGCUCGCAUUCAAGAAGCUCCAGCUAUGGAGGGCCGUUACGAAUUUCUUCUUCCUCGGGACCUUCUCGAUGAACUUCGCGAUCCAGCUGAUAAUGCUGGCACGCUAUGGCGUCCAGCUCGAGAGAUCAUUCGUUAGCACGGGACAGUUCGUGUGGAUGAUGGUCGUCUCGGCGCUCACUCUUCUGGGCAUCGCCACCGUGUUUCCCAGCCUGAACUUCUGGUUCAUGGGAUCGGUGCUCGUGUUCAUGCUCGUCUACCUCUGGUCACGCGAGUUCCCAAACGCCAGCGUGAGCAUGCUCGGCCUUGUCACAAUCCAGGGGUUCUACGUGCCAUGGGCAAUGCUCUUCAUCAACACCAUGUUUGGAGGCUCCUUCCUCCACGACCUCCUGGGAAUCGUCAUGGGCCACCUCUAUCACUUCCUCACUGUUCUUUACCCGCGGUCGGGAGGACGGGACUUUCUUCGAGCUCCACGCUUCGUCCACAAGCUUCUGGCCAAGUAUGGGAUCAUCCACAGCGUCCCGCGGCAGCCAGAUCGUAGCAGCCGCCCGCAGCCACAGGCAGAGUCGCCUCCAUCUGCCCCGCCAUCCGCCGCCGAAGGGACGGCAUUCCGUGGACGAAGUUACCGCUUGAAUCGAGACUAAGAAGCAAGAAAAGAAGAAACCAACUCUUUUUGUUCUAGCCUGACUUGCAAAUGGCAAAUGGACCUUACAAGAAGUAGCGAAAGCUCCUCACAAAUCGAGGACUCUUCUUUUCA